CUCGGCGGAGGAAAGGUGUGUGUGCACGACUCUCGCCGCGCUGCCCCGUGUGCGUUUCCGACGUGCGUGUUCCGCAGCGGUUCUCGGCGCUCGCACGUGGUCAUGGUGGCGCCGAAGAGGCCUGAGCUCACGCCGAGAAAAGGGCCCCGUGGUUCCCGCUGUGGCCGGAGACACGCCGCUCGCGCCGCCUCGCCCCAGCGCGAAUGAGGCGCCCAAGGGAAGCCAAGGAACCAAAAGCUUUCUUGCCUCGCCUCUAGACUCGACGCCGCCGGCAGCAUGUGACAACAACACGUUCGGGGCAAGAAAGGGCUAUAGUUACAACUCUGAAAAUGCAAAGCUUAAAAAAAAUGGCUCACGCGAAGAACUGGCAAAAUACGAAACAAAUCUGACAUAAGUAACGAUAAUCAAAAAAACCCGUCGGUGACUUAACGCAAGUGAAAAAAAAAGACUGUGCCUGUGUGCUUUCCCUCGCCCAGGAUAUAGGCCGUGUCGACCCUUUUCUCCUUCCAGUCGCCAACCGUCAGCUCAUGAUCGCUCGGAAGGUCAGGUCACCCGCCACUAGGUCGAGGCGAGGGUCAGCAUGAGGUCACCGGGAGCCACAAGCAGCAACUUCGUGUGGGCAGUCAUCCUGCUUGGUAUGUCGUCAUACGCAGGAGGCGACCGGCCGGACCAGGCCACCGAGGACGACACCGCAGACCUGCACCGCUACGCCAUCGAGCACGGCCUAUGGACGCCCGACCCGCGCGUGCUCGUGGGCCCGCACGUGGAGGAGGCGCCGCGGAGGGUGACGAAGGCGCGCUUCCUCACCGCCAACAACACCGUCACGACCGUCCAAGUGGGAGCCCCCGCCGCCCUGCGAUGCCAGGUCGAGGAGGUGGCAGAGCACGAGACGGUGUCUUGGAUCAGGCGCCGUGACCACCACCUCAUCACCAUCGACCUGCACACGUACACGAAUGACGAACGAUUUACAGUCUCCCACGCGCCGCCGUUCAAGAGCCUGUUGGGGGAAGAGGGGAAGGAGUGGACGCUAAGAAUCAAAUACGCACAGGCAAGAGACUCAGGAGCUUACGAGUGCCAACUGUCUACUCACCCGCCCAUUGGCAUCAUCGCCAACCUCAGAGUCGUGCAGCCCGUCUCGGAGAUCGCCGGCGGCCCCGAUCUCUAUGCUCAAGAGGGCAGCGACGUGACCCUCCUCUGCCGGCUCCGAAACUACACUGACCCGCCCAACUACGUCUUCUGGUACCACAGAGACCAGAUGAUCAAUUAUAAUAGCAACAGGAAGGUGAGUGUGAUCAGCCAGGGCGGGGAGAGUCACCUGAAGUUCAAGAAGGUGGCCAAGGAAGACUCGGGCAACUACACCUGUGCGCCGGCAAAUGCGGGGCCCGCGCACGUCACCCUCCACGUCAUCACGGGCGAGUCCCCUGCGGCCGUCCAGCGCGCCUCCGCCCCCCCUCGCCACCGCGCCUACACGGUGGCCCUGGCGGCGGGCACGCUCGUCAUCCUCACCUUGUGAGCGUCUCCUCAAAUCCUCCUGAAGUCCUUCCGGGUCCCGCCGAGGAUGGCUCGGGGCUCGUCUUGAGGCUCCUCCCAAAGCCUUCCGUCUCGCCUGCCGGAGUCUUCGGGGAUUUCCCCGGGAUCCUCGCGGCUCUGCCGGGCUGCGUCCCGGGCCCUUCCUGCAGGCAUUCGCGGGCUUCUCCCAAGGAUUUGCGAAGUUCAUAUCGGAGUCCUCCUACCGGAGCCCUUAGAUCCUGGGGAUCUUAGUACUCCCCUUACGAUCCUAGACAAACCCUCGCCACGGGCAGCGUUCGGCCGAGGCCCCGCGUGCGCCCCCGUCAGCGCCGCUCCGCCCGCGGAAUGUGGCCGGCGCUGGGCAUCCCGUGCGCCGCGGGUACAACUAGAAGCACUCCCGCCUCCCCUUCUGUACAAUCCGGUACGAAAUAACUAGUGAUCCUACUUGGAUGUUCAAAGAGCAGAAGUUUUCGAAGUGUUCUGUAUCUAAGGAUUUUCUAUUCUUACUGUUUCCACCUGCUGACCCUCGUGCGCAGCGGACAUCGCGAAAAGGGAAAAGGUCUUGGUGAAUGAACUCGGGGCAAGAAUCUCGGUGUAUAAGCCAGGGAAAAAACCCUUGGUGAAUAUUCCAGAAAAAAAAAAUCUUGGUGAAUAAACCAGAUAUAAAAAAAAAAUAAAAACAAACCAAAAAAUAAACAUCUUGGUGGAUGAACCAAAACAAAAAUAGUGGGACCACAAUAUGGCAAGGCAAAGGUGAGUUGCCGGUUGUUAAUAACUCAACAGAAAGUGUCAGUUGGAUAUUACAUAUGUUGAUGUGAAAAGUCACAUCGUGGAAGCGAAAUCGAAAAAAAAAAAAAGUUUUAAAAUCGCUGAGAUGUGAAAAUUUAAAGUAUCUUUGUUCUUUAUGGAACGUUUGAGAAAAUAAAUAUAUUUAUAAAGUAUGCUUUAUGUUAA